CGCGGCCGAGAGUGAUUAGUAAAUGCCGAUGCAGUUCACAGAUAUGGAUGGGACAACGUUUACAUCUCACCUGCUGAAUAACGAACAUUCACGACGCCGAGACGAUUGCAAAUCAUGCAUAGAGGCUCAAACGUAGGGCAUAUAAGGUUCACGGCUGACCGUAGAAGGACGAGAACGACCUGGAGCUGCAAGAGACAGCGAAGAGCCAAGGAACAGCGCCAGACAUACGAAUAAAUACCAUGGCCUUCUCAAUGGCGAUGCCCUUCCACAAGGGCGAAGAGCAAAUGCACAAGCUGCUGAAAGUUCCGUCAUACGACAACCCUACUUCAGCGAUGCUCACGCCCCAAGCUAGCUUCUCGCUACAACGAUCGCCUCUCCUCGCCCUAGGAACUCUCGACUCACAAAACCGCCCAUGGACGACUCUUUGGGGUGGCCACGCUGGCUUCUCUCAACCUCUUGGCGGUGGCCUUAUCGGAACCCGGACCAUCGUCGACGGAGCGCAUGACCCUGUUGUGCAAGCUCUUGUAGGGAAUGUCGAAAAGGGCGAGAUGGUGCAGCAGGAGAAAAUCUUAUCAGGUUUAAGCAUCGACUUGAUGAAGAGGACGAGGGUAAAACUCUCUGGGCGAAUGGUAGCUGGCGCCGUGGGUAAGAUGGAUGUGGAAUUCGAAGACGAGGGUGAGCGGCCGGACGAAGCACCGGAAAAGCAGGAUCAGAUUCAGUUGGUCAUGAAGAUUGAACAAAGUCUCGGUAAUUGUCCCAAGUACUUGAACCAGUAUGAGGUACAGCCCGCUUUCGUCACUUCGGAAUUGGUAUCCCAGGGGCCAACGCUUACCCCAGAUGCCAAGGCUCUGAUAUCCAAAUCCGACAUGUUCUUUCUUUCGAGCAGCACGGAAGAUGAUAUGGACACAAACCAUCGCGGUGGGCCCGCAGGCUUCGUUCGAGUUCUAUCGGACACUGAAAUCGUCUAUCCAGAGUACUCCGGCAACCGCCUAUACCAGUCACUUGGCAAUCUCCAACUCAACCCUAAGAUCGGCAUUACCUUUCCAGAUUAUGAAACAGGGGCCGUCCUCUACACAACCGGAGCCGCUGAAAUACUAAUAGCGGGCGACGCGGCUAAGCUGCUCCCAGGAAGCAAUCUCGCAUUGAAAAUGAAACUCGAUGAAGUGCGGCUCAUAGAAGGCGGUCUUCCUUUCCGGGGCAAGAGGAAGUUACCUUCGCCGUAUAACCCGCUCGUACGGACAUUGGCCUCAGAAGGGAACAUCAAGUCAUCAAUAGCUGCGACUCGUACAACGGCCCGGCUUGUAAAGAAGACCCUCCUCACACCAUCAGUCGCACGCUUCACGUUUUCUGUGCCAGACGGGAUCGCUUAUACCCCUGGCCAGUGGGUAGCCUUCGACUUCUCGGGGGAGUUAGAUAUCGGUUACUCUCACAUGCGGGAUGAUGAUCCACGGAGCUUGAACGACGACUUCGUGCGCACAUUUACGAUCUCUUCGAGACCCACAGAGAACGGAACGAAAGAGAAAGAGUUCGAAAUCACGAUCAGGAACGUUGGAGUCAUCACAAGUUUCCUUUUCAAACAGAAUGAUCGCGCAGGCUUUGAAGUUCCUAUAGUGGGCGUGGGCGGCGAGUUCAAGAUCGAGCAGAGGGCAAAUGAUGCCCAAGUGACGUCUUUUGUUGCUGGUGGUGUCGGUAUUACGCCACUUCUUGGCCAGCUGGAAGGCCUCGAUACAUCGCCCGGCCGAUUCAAAUUGUUUUGGACCACCAGGCCAGCCGAUGCAAAUCUCGCAUUGGAGACACUGCAAAGACACACGGGCCUCGCAAAGUCUACGGAGAUCUUCUUCACCGGAUUGAACGCAUCGAAAGAGAUCGAAGAGAAGAUUGAGGAGAUCGAGAAAAUGGGAGCGAAGGUCGAGAGGAGGAGGAGGAUUGGUAAGAACGAUCUCAAUGCUCUGAAUGCAGACACUUGGUAUCUGUGCGCUGGGAAACCGUUAAGGAAGGAGGUUUUGACCUGGUUAGAGGGGAAGAGAGUCAUUUUCGAGAACUUUGACUAUUGAACAAUCGCGAUUCUCCGUUCCUCCGUCCGGCUUGUGUACGUACGUUAUUUCCCUACUAGUUGUUUUGGUCUCUGACUAUGUCAAUGAAAGCAUGCAAUCCUCUC